AUGUUUUACAAGAUCAAAAGUGGGCGCCUAUGCCCUGGAAAAAGUUGCAGGUCGGAGAUAUUAUCAAGCACGUUUUCACUACAACAUUUGUUUCAUACACUUACUGGGGCUAUGGAUGUGUCAGAGUCAGGACGUGAAUAUGGGGCUAAAAACACUGACGACACCCCUGUGACAGGCACUUCUCAGAAAACUCGAGGGGGUGCUGAAUCUCGAUUUCGGAAAAGAAGCAAAUAUUUAUCUUACCCCUACACAAAUAGUGAACCAAGACUUAAAAGUUUUCCAGCUGAAACAGAAGAAUCAAAGACUCCAAGUCCCACCCCUAAAGCAAAAGCUUCAAGCAGAACCAGUAAUCCUAAAAAUGGAUCUCUUUCAUCAACUAAAUUGGGUGGCACGAGGUUCCAAAAUAACUGGUACAGAAAAUUCAUCAGCUGUAGUAAAAUGUCUAGCAGUCCAAAAUUCAUCGGUGCAUCUUCCAGUGACUUACUUUCAGGAGCAAUGUAUCAAUGA